UCUUCAAUCUACAAUAUUUAUAAAUAGUUUUAUUUAAAAAGUAUUGUUUUGUUUUUCUAUCUAAAGUAUUGAGAACUCAAACAAUAAUUUCUGUAGUAGCACUGAUUACGUAACACUCCAAAAAGAGCUUGUGAAUAGUUCUGUUUUUAACCAUGUAAGAAUGUGUGUGAUUUGUUUAUGGUUGGCCGUUGAGCCACAUUUAAUUCACCAACCUAUUUUACUUUCACCUUAUUUAUUGGCGAUGUCGUAAUAAAAGCCUAGGUGUAUCAGGAAGAGCAGGGCAUUUUCUGGACUGCCACCAUAGACAACUGAUUGGAGGCAACACUGAAGAUGGAGCCUUGGCUAUUUGCUUUGAUCUCCAGUCCCCUUUGCCUCACAGCCACAGUCUUCAACAUCAUCUUCUUUUUUUGCCUAAUGCGACCAGUCUCUGGAGUGACGCUUCACAAUCCACUGCGCUUCUUGUUAAUCAUUGUGUUAUUCAAUUCAACAUUUCAACAACUUCUCACUGCCCUGACCAUUAUUAUGCUUCUUUUUGAAUCCCCUUUCUGGCUUCAAACGCUAUGCAGAGUUUUGAUUUAUCAAUUUUUCUGCGGCAACUUCUCAUGCAAUGCCUGGAUUAGCAUUUUCUACUACAUGUCAAUUGUUCCUCAACAUCGUGCCAUCUUUAUCUGGAUUAAGAGGAAUAUUAGAGUCAUAUUAUAUGUCGGCUUCGUUCUGAAUCAGAUAAUGCUUCUGUUUUCUUUGACUUUGGGAACAGUAUCAUAUUUUUUGCUUGAGCCCGUCCCAGAGAAUUUUACCUCUCAUGAUCUGAACACAACAUCAUCAGCAAGCUUAGAGUCAGACCUGUAUUUAUUUCAUAUGUCAAAUUUUUUGUAUUUGCUAUAUUGCACUUGUCCAAUGAUCACAUUAUUAAUCUCUUGGGGCAAAACUUUUGUUUAUCUGCGUGAACAUAUGAAAAAGAUGGGGCAGAGCAGUGAAUCUUUUUCCCAACCUCAGCAGAAGAGCCAGAUGCGGGUCACAGUAACAGGCAUGGUACAGACGGCCCUGUUCCUGCCCAGCAGCCUAUGGACUGUAGCAGUCGCUGCCUUAUUCAUAACAGACCUCUUUGAAAAAGUUGAUCCUCAUAGAUUUAUCACAAUGUCAUUUUGCUCAGCAUCCAGCUUGGGAAAUAUACUUUGUUUUGGAUUCUCCCAGUCUGUGUUUCGCCGUGGAAUUGUAAGUGUGAUUAACAAACUCAAAAGACUAAAGAUGAAUGCCUUGUGUUAG